GAACAUAGGGAAAAACUGAAAGCAAGGAGUGUAUCACUAUACAAGGAGUGUGCUGAACAUAGGGAAACAUUGAAAGCAAGGAGUGUUAUGACUUACAGACAGAGUGAAAAUCAUAGACUAAACGUAAAAGCCCAUAAUAAAACCAAAUAUCAAAAUACUGAAUAUAAGACGCAGCUAAUACAACAUGUUCAGAUGAAGAGGGAUCAGAUUAAAGUUGAUUAUCAAAAUAUAGAUUUUGUUAUAGCAAAUUUUUUGGAAAAGGUUAAAGAAGGACCUGAUUUUGUGUGUUGUGUUUGUUUCCGGUUGCUGUUUAAGCAUCAGGUUCUGAAUUGUAAAAGAGACACUUACAAGAAAACCAAACAAAUGUCUAUGAUUGCAGAGCAAUGUAUAAAGGAAGAUUAUGUGCACAUCUGUUCUAAUACAUGUAGAACACCUUGUGUCUUCCUACAAACAUCUAAAAAUAAACUAUAUAUUUGUCACACCUGUCAUAAAAAAAUAAGUAAAGGUGAAGUGCCUCCAGAGAGUUCAAUUAAUAAGUUGACUCUUGAUCCCAUUCCACCUCAAUUGGCAUGUUUGAAUACUUUAGAACAACACUUAAUAGCUUUACAUAUACCGUUUAUGAAGCUUUUGGCCUUGCCUAAAGGUGGACAAAAUGGUUGCCAUGGACCAAUUACGUGUGUUCCAGCUAAUAUUUCUCAAACAUGCAGUUUGUUACCACGAAGCAAUAUGGAAGGUUCUUUACUACCUGUUAAAUUGAAACGUAAACUGACAUUCAAAGGCCAUUAUGAUUAUCAGUUUGUUGAUACCAUGCAUGUUCAAGAAGCUCUACAUUAUCUCAAACAUAACAACCUGUAUUAUAAAGAUGUACAGUUCAAUGAAGCUUGGAUAAAUGAGUUUUCUCGUGAGGAAAUUGAGCCUGUUAAUGAUGAAACUGUUUGCCAAAAAGAAGCUGUGAUUGAAAAGGAAGAUGGUGUGGAGGAUGAGCUAUUGCAUGACAGACAACAACAUUGUAUGUUUCAAGACACUUGUCUUAUGCCAGUAGAUAUUGGCCAGGAAGCAUUGGAUCAAUACUUUGAUAAUGUAUUAAAUUUAGCCCCAGCUGAAGGUAAUAAUCCUGUCAAGCUGCUUUCAGAUUGUUCAAAUGAAGCAAAAUGUUUUCCUGUGUUGUUUCCUUCAGGAUCUAAUACAUACCAUCAAAGCAGAAAAUAUCCUUUAACAUUGUUUCGCUACUUUAAUAAUAAGCUUUUACAUGUAGACGGGCGAUUUGCUCAUAAUGUGGAGUACAUCUUUUAUGCACAGUAUAUGUUGGAAGUGGAAAAGGUAAUAUCAAGCGCAUCAAUAGCUUUACGAAAAGGAAAAAGGUUUACUUCUCAAAAUUUGGCUGACCUGCUAAAGGAUGAAGAUUCCAUAAAGAAGCUCUUGGAGUUUGAUGACGGCUAUCGUUUUCUGAAACCUAUUCGGGGUACACCAGCUUUUUGGCAGUCUGCGCAACGUGACAUCUUGGCUUGUGUGAGACAACUUGGGAAACCAACUUGGUUUACAUCAUUUUCAUCAGCUGAUAUGAGAUGGACUAAUCUCCUGUACACCAUUUUGAGACAGGAAGGACGAACACAGACUUUGGAGGAGUUACAAUAUGAAGAUAAGUGUGAGCUGUUGCGUCGGAACCCUGUCACUGCUGCCAGAAUGUUUGAUUUCCGCUUUCAUGUUUUCCUGAAAGAAGUUCUCAUGUCUCGUGCAAAUCCCAUUGGUAAGAUUGUGGAUUACUAUUAUCGUGUUGAGUUUCAACAGCGUGGCAGUCCACAUUGCCAUUGUCUGUUUUGGGUAGAGGGAGCCCCUGUUUUGGAUCGUGAUACUGAUGAAGAGGUAAUUGCGUUUAUAGACAAGUAUGUCACAUGUCAACUUCCACCAGAAGAUGACUCGUUGUAUGAGAUUGUUUCAUCUGUGCAGCAACAUUCAAAACGGCAUUCAAAAACUUGUAAAAAAAACAAAACUGUCUGUCGUUUUAAUUUUCCACGACCUCCAUCUAGCAGAACUUUUAUUUGUCGUGGGGAGAAAUAUCAGGAUACAGUAAAAAAAUGUCAGUGUAACUUGGAUGAAACAGACACAACAUUAAAGUGUGUCUGUUCAGCAAAAAAGGCAGAUGAGUUGAUGGAAAGUGAUAUGGCAAACACUAUACUAACAAAAGUGAAGAAUGCUUUGUUAGAUGAGAACAGUACAUAUAGUACAGUGGAAGACAUGUUUGAAGGUUUGGGUAUUAAUCAAAGAUUAUUUGAAAUGGCAUACAAACGCUGUAGUCGAAAAACAGUUGUUGUACUGAAAAGGGGGAUGAAUGAAAUCUGGAUUAAUCAGUAUAGCAAGCCACUACUGAAAGCUUGGAAUGCUAAUAUUGACAUCCAAUACGUUGUUGAUGCUUAUGCAUGUUCUGUCUACAUAAUAACAUACAUGUCAAAGGGUGAAAAAGAAAUGGGCCUUAUGCUUGGAAAUACCCAAAAAGAAUCAAAGGAGGGCAAUGUCAGUGCAAAGGAGGCUUUAAAGAUUCUUGGUCGUGUUUAUCUGCAUAACAGGGAUGUUUGUGCUCAGGAAGCGGUAUAUAGAUUGACAAAUAUGCAUUUAAAGGAAUGUUCUAGAAAGGUUGUUUUCAUCCCUACUGGUGAAAACAUUGUUAAAAUGAGUUUACCCCUUUCUGUUUUGAAACAGAGAGCAUCCUCAGACAAUCUUACUACAGAUGACAUGUGGAUGACUGGUCUAAAUGACCGUUACAAAAACAGACCCAAUGACCCUACUUGGAAUGACAUGUGCCUGGCCACCUUUGCUUCAGAAUAUCGUGUUCUCAGUAAAAAUGAAAAGAGUAAAAAUGCUGUCAAACUGAGUAAUGGAUUAGGUUUUGUGAGUAAAAGAACUCGAACACAACCUGCUGUUGUUCGUUAUGCACGAUUCUCUGAAACUAAAAACUCAGAGAAAUUUCAUCAAACUGUUUUGCAGUUGUUUUUGCCAUAUCGCCACGAUUGUGACCUUAAACCAACAAACUGGGAAACUUUUGAGGACUUUUAUAAAACUGGAAUAGUUCGAUUGGCUGAUGGGAAAAGACAUUCAGUAAAGUCUGUUGUCGAUCUAAAUAGAAGCCACUUUGAGAUGGAAUCAGAAAGCUUAGAUAUUGCAGAAAAUGUGGUUGGUGAUGACCUGCUGGAAGAUGCAUGGAGUGAGUUGUGUCCUGAGCUUGAAGUGGAACGCUUGGAGUGUGCAGAGGAGCACAAAAAAAUGCGAGAAAGUCUUGAUGAUGAAGAAGAACAUAUUCCUGAUUUGAGUUCCAAAGAUGUUGCAACAUUAGAGAAGAAAAACACAUUGAGUAGAAUUGAAGGUCUGACAUUGAUAAGGUCUCUGAAUGAAAGACAGUUCUCCAUCUUUUAUGAAAUCAGACAGUGGUGUCUGGACAAGGUCAAUGGAAAAAACCCCAAAUCAAUGCAUAUGUUCAUUACAGGUGGCGCUGGUACUGGGAAAAGUCAUUUAAUAAAAGCUAUACAGUAUGAAUCAAACAGAAUCUUAUCACCACUGUCUAGAAAUCCUGAUAAUAUUUGUGUUCUACUGACUGCUCCCACUGGUAUAGCUGCUUAUAACUUGGAAGCAGCCACAAUUCACUCCACAUUUUCUAUUGGAAUGGAUCUACGAUUACCCUACAUUCCAUUGGGUGAGGAGAAACUAAAUUCAUUCCGUGCCAAAUAUUGCGAUCUACAGCUUCUAAUUAUAGAUGAAAUAUCAAUGGUUGAUCACAAUCUUUUGUCAUAUAUUCAUGGUAGACUGCGACAAAUUAAACAAACUGGAGAUUUCUCACCAUUUGGAAACCUUAGUAUUAUUGCUGUUGGAGAUUUUUUUCAAUUACCUCCUGUGAAAGGUACACCACUGUAUUCUGAUGGUGUUAGUAGCUCUUUAUGGUCAGAUUUGUUCAAGGUUGUUGAGCUAAAAGAGAUUGUUAGGCAAAAAGACAUUGUGUUUUCCCAGCUGUUAAACAGAUUGAGGACUCGCUCCAAAAAGUCACCUAUGUUACCUGGCGAUAUUGAGAUUCUAAAACGCUGUGAAACAGGAGAAGAAAGCUCAGCCUUACAUAUCUUUGCAACAAAUCAACAGGUAAAUGAGCAUAAUACUAAUCAGCUAUUUAAGUGUUGCCCUGAAUAUGUAAGAAUUGGAGCACAAGAUUAUGUCAAUGAUAAAAAAAGUGGCAAACUGAAGUUGUUGGAGGGAAGUCAUGCCAAAGCUCCCUAUACAUCUUUAUCUGAAGUAUUGUUGUUGGGUAAAGGAGCACGUGUUAUGUUGUGUAAAAAUAUUGAUGUUAGUGAUGGUCUGGUUAAUGGUGUUUGUGGUACUGUAACCGAGAUAAUUCCAGCAGAAACCAAAGACUUUCCUAAAAAAGUCUAUGUACAAUUUGAUGACCAUCGUGUUGGUGUUAUGAGGAGGAAGAGCUUGCGGUGUUUGUCACAAGAUCUGGUUGAUUCAACACCUAUUGAACCAGAGGAAGACAGGGCAACAAGUAAAGGUGGAAUGCGACGGCAGUUUCCUCUGAAAUUGGCAUGGGCUGUCACUGUACAUAAAGUGCAAGGUGUAACCGUUGACAAAGCUGUUGUGUGUCUCGAUAAAAUAUUUGCAGCUGGUCAGGCUUAUGUAGCUUUAAGUCGUGUAAAAACCAUUUCUGGAUUGAUCAUUCAGGACUUCAAAGAGAAAAAGAUUUACUGUAAAGAUGAUGUUCAACUUGCUGUUGAAAAUAUGACACCUGUUUUAAGUGGAUCUACACAGUUUGAGACAUUUAAAAAAUCUUGUUGUACUGUGUUUCUGAUGAAUGUGCAAAGUCUGAAUCGGCAUGUGGAAGAUUUAGCAUUUUGUACAAAACAUUUAAAACCUACUUGCAUUGCAGUAACAGAAACAUGGCUGUCUGUUUCCACAACAGAUACAGUAAUUAUUGAUGGUUAUACUUUUAAUAGCUGUCCAAGAGGUGUAGCAUAUUCUGGCAGAGAAAAGGCAUUGUUGGCAUUUAAAGACCAGCAACGUGGUGGUGUUGGCAUCUAUACUGCAAAAGGUUUGUCACAUGAAAUCUUGAAACCACCAAGUGUUGAUCUGGAAUGUGGAGUGAUAAGAUUGUAUGAUUUCAAUAUCAUACUGGUGGUUAUAUAUCGUCCACCACUGUAUCCUCAUUCCAUAUUUAAAGCAAAUCUGGGAAAGUUGCUUGAAUGGCUUGAGCCACUAAGUGACACAAUAGCACUGAUGGGAGAUUUCAAUGAUGAUAUUUUAAAGACCUCAACCAUCUGCAACUUUAUGACCGACAGGGGUUUUGUACAGAAAGUCAUAGGACCAACUACAGAGAGGGGAACUCUGAUUGAUCAUGUAUACUUAAAAUCAACAGCAUACGAAAUGGAUGCAUUGACUAUCGCAACAUAUUUUAGUGAUCAUGAGGGCAUAAUGUGUGGUUUUAAUACUUUUAAAUGA